AUACACUACUAGGAAGAGACUAUUCGAGAGAAGGGUGGAUAUUCUCUCUAGGGGCUACAUUGUAACAAUUAAAUGUACAUAGCCCGGAAUCUAGGUUACAUUUUAACAAUCUAAAUUGUAACUAUUUAAAAUAUAUAUAGUUGAAAAUUGUAGUCAUUAGCCAACAAAUGCUUAGCCACACGACAGCGUAAUUUAAUUAUCAAGAAGUUCUCUAGUAGGAAGUUGACUUUCAACUCAUAGCCUACGAAAAGGGGGCUUUCUCAGAAAGGGAAACACGUAAUAUAACCCAGGCUACUUCAAUAGCAGUGUUAACAGAUCGGACGAAUUGUCAACGAGAUUUCAAAGAAAAUGUCGAUCUCACUUCUGACUGUCUUUCUUGCGGAAGCAAUACUCUGCACAGUUUCAGGUGAACAGCUCUACAGAAAAGUGGGAGGUGAGCUCGUGUUGACGCCUGACAAGUCCACAGUGCCUGACUCCAUCACAGGCAUCCUAUGGAAGCAUGGGAAGAACAAGGUGGCAGAGUGGGACAAGGAUUUUGGUGGUCUGGACAUCUAUGCUGCCUUCAAAGAGCGUACAAUCCUGGACAAUACUACUGGAGAGCUGAGAAUCAGUGGAUUGAAGAAAACAGACAGUGGAGUUUAUUCUGUGGAAUUCAACAGCAAACUGCUUCACAAGACAUAUACAUUAUCUGUUAUCAAGGCAGUCCCCAAACCCACCAUCACUUAUUCCUGCAACACCAACAAAAUCUCCUGCAUUCUGACCUGUGAGGGCGACACCACUGAUGCUGAACCAGUCACCUACAGCUGGAAAGAGGGAGAGGGGGCAUGGGAGGUCUUAGACAAACAGAUUAAUAUCAAUAAGAGCGACGCUGGCAAAUCAACCAACAGUUACACGUACUUCUGCAAGAUGAAGAACUCUGCUGGGGAAGGUGAAGUCAGCGAGCCAGUGGUGUUAGGCUCAGAUGGCUGGUUGACCAAGGCCAGGUUACUUGGUAUUUCUGUCUUUGUUAUUGCUGUUGCUGGAGUUCUAUCGUUCAUUUUUGGUCAUAGAGCUAUAACAGGAGUUUGGAUCUAUGAGAAAGAAUCAAUGCCUUGGAAAGGAGAAUUCUGGAAAAACCAGAGAGAAGUGGGACCUACCACUGACACAUCAAAUGGAGUUUCUGCAUCCACAGAGGAAGCCUUGGCGAGGGAAAAUGAUCAUAAAGAUGAUUCGAUAUUGUAGGACGCUGUGGCCAGAGGAUCACUGUGGAUCAAGAGAAACAAACAUCUAGACAACGAGCACUGGAUGACAAAGGGAACGCUCUCCGACUUUAUUGUACCCAUUUAAAAAAAUGUUACAUCCCGAUCUGAGAAAUAGAGGUCAAUUUGAGUUA